CAGGAAUGGGUGUGUUUGAUCUAUGUGCGAGGGUGGACUCUGUAUGAAUCGAUGAUACCAUUGGCUUUACGAAUUGCAAUGGGUUUAGAUAAGUAUGGGUAUUCUAAUGAUCACCUGCCUUGCCAUAUUCUCGUCGUCUCUCCUUCUAGCGGUUUGGUCGUGUUUGCUGUUGGUUACCUUGUCAGACAAACCGGGAAGGAGCAACACCACAGAACCGUGCAAGCCUCCGCAUUCACUUGCCCUUUCUCUCUCCCCGCCCUCCUUCUCUUCAUUCACCGACACUCUUCUCUCUCUUUCACCGUCUCUCGCCAGUUUCGCGCUCUGGAGUCUGUCUCUUCUCGCCGUUGCACCCUCAUGCGUCAACUCUCAGACAAGGCGUUUACAAGUCCGACUUUCCAAUUGCCAACGACCUCUUUAGCAGCACCCAGCCAGAAGCUUCCUGAGUGGUACGUGCGGCACAACGCGUAAAUAUUCGAUUCCGCCACCUUCUUUCCUUCUUCCCUUCUUUCUCUCACCCGCUCUCCCUCUACCUUUUCCCUUUCGAUACCACAUCACCA